UCUGAUUAGGUAAGUCGGCGUCUGGGACGUGUUUUCAUUCAAGGGGAGGCUGUUGCUAUUUUUUACGUAAAAUACAGGAACGUUGAUUUAAAAUGCGUAAGGCCAUAGCCCUUUUCACAACACAGUCCGGUCGGCGACUAGUACGUAAUAUUUCUAGUCUUGAAAACGUUUCAUCUAGGCGGGAAUAUUUAAACACGAAAUUUCACGGAACUCCUAGCAGGCUAGGUUUGAAUCGUUCUUAUUGCGAGAUCCAGGGUUCAAUUUGCUGGAAUUGUCAAGCCAAAUCUGAAGGGAAGGAUCAGUUCUUUUGUGGGAAGUGUGGAAGCCUUCAGGAUGUAAAUAGCAAAUGUGAUUAUUUCAAAUUGUAUUCUCUUAGCAACAGUUUUAACUUGAACCCGACUGAAUUGACGACCAGAUUUAGGCAGCUUCAAAGUACUUUGCAUCCAGAUAAGUAUAGUAACAAAUCCAAACGCGAACAAACCAACUCCCUAGAAUGGAGUUCGCUUGUAAACAAAGCGUAUAAAACCCUUUCAGUGCCUAUUGAUCGUGGAGAAUAUCUGCUGCAACAACAAGGCAUCAGCAUACCCGAAGAUAACAGCACGCUGGACAAGGAAUUUCUCAUGGAAAUGAUGGAGAAAAACGAGGAAGUCGAAGAAGCGACCAAGGAUAACAUUCUUGAACUACUUCAAACUGUUCAAAACGAACUGAAAGAAGCUGCCGUGGAAUUAGAAGAAAUAUUUAAUCAAAAUGACUUUGAGAAAGCUAAAUUUCUCCUAAUUCGAAUGAAGUAUUUUAGAAGUUUAGAAAAGAAUAUAAAAGACAAAGCUGUACGUUUGGGAGCUGUGAAAUAAGUAUUGUUUGUCUGUAAAUAGGUUUAUUGUUUUGUUGAAUGUUGUUUACCAGUGAUAUAAGAUUUUAGGUAAUAAAACGAACAUUUUCAAAACUC